GUUAUCGAAGGCGUGCUGAGAAGAUGAUGCUCUUGGGGUUCCUGCUGCUCCUGCCCCUGCUUGCAGGGAGCUCAGCUCUGGACUGCAUGGAGAUGCCGGGGUCAUUAAAGCAGAUUGAUGCAAGUAAUGGGCAGGUGUUUGGAGUGAACACCGCAGGCAAUGUUUACACUCUGUAUGGAGACAGCUGGGUCCAGCUGCCGGGCUCCUUGAAACACGUCACGGUUGGUCCGGCUGGAGUCUGGGGUGUGAACAAGAACAACAACAUCUACAAGCUGGUGGGAGGAAGCUGGAAAAAGGUCACAGGGCUGCUCAAGCAAAUUGACGCGGGUGGAGACGUGUUCGUCGCUGGUGUCAGCAUGAACGGUGGCAUCUACUGUCUGUCUCGUCCGGCAGCGGUCUCUGUCAACAACGCCUCCACCUUGCCCUGGGUCAAUAUUGCAGGAAGUCUGAAGUACUACAGCUGUGGCUUGUGGGGCUGCUGGGGCGUUAACUCAGCCGAUGAUAUCUACUUCCGGUUUGCUGUCACCCCGGACUCUUGUGCCGGAUCCAGGUGGCAGAACAUUCCCGGCAAGCUGUCCAUGAUUGAGGUCGGGACCGAAGGCUCUGUCUACGGCGUGAACAGUGCAGGACAAAUAUAUCGCAGGGAUGGAAUCACUAAAAGCAACCCCAUCGGCACCACCUGGACCCAGGUGGCCAGUUUCCUCUGCAAAUGCAAACAUGUGUCCUAUGACCUGGGCCUGCUGUGGCUUAUCAAUGACCAGGAGAAGAUUAUGAAAUGCCGGAUCUAAAUGAGACUCCCGCGAUCUCAGCCUCACAGUGAUUAACAGUGUCCAUUUAAACUUUCUCUCUCCCCCACAGUGCUUAAUUUGUACCAGCCUGGGCUGAGCCCCAGCACCUCUGGGUUUGCCGUGUCAGUGAUGAAAAUAACAAAUUGCUUCAGCCCCAGCACCUCUUUCAUUACAAACUAAGCACUGCUCCACUCCCUUGUCCAGGUUUUCUACAUACCAUCUCCAUCCAGUGGAAUGAAGCUUUUGUUCCAAGGGUAAAAUCGAGUCCCACAAAAUAGAGCCAAGAAGGUUCAUCAUUACCUGCUCCUUCUCUGCCUCUGCUGCCCCUGCCCCCAGACGCACAUACUUCUACUCCAAUAAAAUUCACUGGCUGGAAACUGAACACAAGCAAGGUCCAACUGAAAACGAAGGGCAGUGUUUUUAGCUAUGAGGGAAGUAAACCAUACGAACAG